AUGGAGCAAGGGCUGGGCUGUAGUCCUGGGAUUGUUAGAGAGACACGCAGCGCUGUAAACACAAACAUACCACCCAAGGCUGCUCAGACGUUUGCAGGGCAAUGGACUCAAGGAAGUGGCGGCUAUCUCCAUGGCAACCGAAUGGUCCCACAACCAUCCCAUAUUAACAACCAACAACAGUCCUGGAUACCCUCCAUCCAAAGGAUUAUCCAUAAUAACAACACCCUUCUCCCUGUCCCUCUCCCCAACUUCUACAAUAAUCUCCAUGAGGCCUUUGACCAAACCAUGCAGCCCAGCCUGGAGUUACACCACUCUGGGACUGGAGAUGCAAACAGGCAGUUCUCAGGGCAGUCCUGUCCGGGUCCUUCAUAUCAGGACCCAAGGCAGUCUUGGCAACAGCCACGGCAAAAUACACAAUGGCAACCAUGGCAGAUACCACAGGGUUUUCCAGAAAAGCCGGACACCUUCACACAAGCCCCAAACACACGACACACAUACAGUCCAAUAACGCAUCCAGAGCUCAAACACUCACUCACACGGAUCUGUACAGUAGUCUUUAUUCUACACAGGUGAGAGUGCUGCAAUCCAUCUUACUACUGUUUUAAAUGUCUAACAUGCGUUAACUCCUUAUGAGUCCUUAUGACUGUGUAUAAGCUCUUAUGAUAACUAACUGCAUGUCAAUGUUUCACACAUGAUGAGCAUCUAACUCUUCAACUCUCCUCUUAAACAGGUCUGUGUUCGUUGUGUUAUUGCUGCCCCCUGUGGUUAGGUGAUAUACUUUUUCUCUGGAGAGUUCCACCCUCUCUCUCUUGCCACAAUGAUCCCAUUGUCCUCUAGCUCAGUGUUUCUCAACCAGGGGUACUAGGACCCCUAGGGGUACUUGGCCUAUUCACAGGGGUACUUGAGAAGACUCAUGAGACCAUAGGCUUACUGGUCAAAUGCAUAUGAGGAGGUACUUCAAGGGUACUCUGGGCAGAGCAAAAUGUACUUGGUGGUACAGUAACCAAAAAAGGUUGGGAACCAGUGCUCUAGCUAGCCCUCCAAUAUCCACAACAUGUUAAACCCAGAUUCUGGUGUUACAUUGUUAGUGGUUAACUUGGCUGUUUGCCCCGAUACAACAAGAAUUUGACGAGACCAUUUUAUGUAUUGUCACAGUGUCUUUCAUUGGUGUAACAUUUACUUUCUGUAGAGGCUCCAUGUAAAAACAACACAAACACACAGUACACCCUCCCCACAGCAGUCAGUCCUUCUCUAUGUCCUGAUUCAGUGAGAAGACGUGAUCUCCAUCUCCAGUACACUGACCUAUGAUGCCCUCUGGUGGGCACGGGGUACAAUCCCAUUGCACUGGCUGUGCAUGUAAAACUUGGAGUACCCCUCAUAUUUGCUACAUUGGUGUUAGAAGUUGGAUGGGGCUACCUUUAGACCACUGAACCAUUGAAGACAUAGCCGUGUGUGAGAGACUUGAGAAAUGGAAGUGUGUGGGAGCAUUUUCUGAAGGAAGUGGGGUAAUGUUAUUUCAGCAGGACAUUCUCUCUGUCUGUCUGUCUGUCCUCCUCAGUAAUGAAGCACUCUGUCCCCAAAACAACCCAGACACAGACACACUGGGGGUCACGACCUGUAGGGUCACAGACUCAGUAAAUCUUUGACCUCCAGGAUGGACAGAGACCGCAGGCCACACUGUGAUGGACAGCAGAGGAGAUGCAGAGGAUGGAGAGCGGGAGAGAAAGAGAGAGACGGGGGGGGUAGUCAUCAAGGCAAAGGGUGGCUAUUUGAAGAAUCUCAAAUAUAACAUAUAUUUUUUUUUGUUUAACACUUUUUUGGUUACUACAUGAUUCCAUAUGUGUUAUUUCAUAGUUAUGAUGUCUUCACUAUUAUUCUACAAUGUAGAAAAUAGUCAAAAGUUAAGGAAAACCAUUGAAUGAGUAGGUGUUCUAAACAUUUUGGCAGUAGUGUAUGAGAUGAGUAAUGCAACAUAUGUAAACAUUAUUUAAAGUGACUAGACACAUGAGGAAGAGAGAAGAAUGACUGCCCAGUUGUCUUCCUUUCUCUCAGUGAAAAACACUUCUUUUUCUGAGUAUGGUGAUUAUGUUUUUGCAUACAACUGUCUACAUUGAGCUCAAAUUCAUUUUUAUUUGGAUACUGCAGAUUAUGGUUUCAUGUAAACUUUCUACUGUCUUUUGUUAGUCUGUAUAGACUGGCACCUGUCUGUGCUGUGGCCAGCUUGUUGUUGGCAAGGCAACAGUGUAAAAUGGGUGAAAGCUGAACAGGAACAGCCACCCAGGCUUUUUCUACAUUUACUGCAGAUGCAGCCUAGACCUCUAGGGGCAGUGUUCACCAUUGUCCUGGAUAUUACAGUGGUCAGCAACCGGUCGAUCGCGAUCGACUUGUCGAUCUUCAAGGCAUUCCUAAUCGAUCCCCAAACAUUUCUGGAGAAAAGCCAACGGCUUGCGUUACUUUUUCUGCGCAGUGGCCGGUAGGUGCACUUGAUUCAGAGGCCCUGUGCACCGGAUAGGCAAAGUGUUCCCAUUUUGAACCUUUUCAUUUGUCUGAAAAGACAAACUCCGCAUAUCGGCACACCGGAAUAUCUGUGGCUAAACCGAGUGCUCUUACGGUGCUGGCCGAUCGGAUAGCUCAAAUCACCGUGCCUACAGCUUCCAUCAAAGUUUGAUACUAGCCUAGAUGAGAUUUCGUAACUUUUAAAAACCAUGACCAAAGAGAGACUGUCAAAGAUUACAGCAAAUAGCUGUUGUUUUUAUGAGUGAGUUAAUGUUUAAGUUUUUAUUCAGAACUGUCAACACUGUUUUUAUUCAACACUAUUACAAAAUAUAAUACUCGCUUCUCCAUACUACCAUACUACCAUACUACCAUACUACCAUACUACCAUACUACCAUACUACCAUACUACCAUACUACCAUACUACCAUACUACCAUACUACCAUACUACCAUACUACCAUACUACCAUACUACCAUACUACCAUACUACCAUACUACCACUCGCGCUGCAGCUGCAAUGGAUUUGUAGCCAAGUGUAUCGAUAGCCCUGCGUUUUUAUUAUUAUUAGCAGCUGGUCUUGUCUAUUUUAAUAUCGAGGAAUAUUUAACUUUCUCUGGUCAUAGGAACAACAUUAAUUUGUGCAUGAGGCAGAUGCGAAUGCGGUCGACUCGAGUUUCGUCAUCAAGUGGAAGACGGUGUCCCCUCUCUAGUCAGUCUCACGGGAGGAAAGCAGGAGAGAGCAGGGACCGUGAGGGACGGGCCCUCUGCUGCUCUUUCCCUCCCUCCGCUGAGACUAAUGCCAUGCUCACAACAACUGGGAACUCGGACAUCUCCGAGUUCUGACUUCAGUGGGUUCAAGACAACUGAUGACCGUUCAAAACGAUUUCCCCCAGUUUUUUUCUGAGUUCCCAGUUGUUUUGAACAUGGCAUUAGUCGGGCAUCUUUCUAGAGCUCCGACUUUCCGACCUGAAGAUCACUGACAUCAUCAUUUUACUUUAAUUUUUUUCUUCAGAGUUCCCAGUUGACUUGAAAGCACCAUGCCCAUCAGAUGCAGGUACCAUCAGUCCAGUAAAAUAAAAAAGCAAUUUAUUUCAAUUUAUACUCAGCUGUGCCUUGCAAGUGCUACACCAACUGAUCUGUUUUGUUAUCGAAGCUCGAGUUUUGAAAUAUAAUAUGGUCUGAGAAGAACAAUAUUGUCAGGCCAGGCAUAUAGCCAAUAUGCUGUUUUAAUGUAUUAGGCCUACUUCACAAACCUCAUUCCUACAGAACUGUUUUUAUUAGGUUAAUGUUACAUUUUUAAAGUAAUGUUUAAAACAAAUCUGAGCGGUAGAUCUCUGCUUGCUUUUUGACUGCAAAAGUGAUCUUGACUCUUGAGAAAAUGUUGGUGACCACUGCUGUAGUAGAAUAUGGGUUGCACAUUUAAUGUAUGAAAAUCAAAGCAUUAUCUAUUGUUAUGCUAUGCUCAGAAAUAAGAUAACAGCUAUGGAUACAGAGAUAUGUAUAUAUUUUUUAUAAUAGAUAUGAGCAGGUUUUACAGAAUAUGUUUUUCUGACCUGCACCCAUUAUAACCUGCUGGGACACUAGGGAUCUGACCUCUCCUCUACCCCUACCUCUCCCUCUGUGAUCUUCCUUUCCCUCUACCCCUGUGACCUCCUUCUACCUCUCCCUCCCCCUGUGACCUCCCUCUUCCUCUCCUCUCCCUAUCCCCCAUGACCUCCCUCUUCCUCGCCUCUCCCUCUCCCCCUGUGACCUCCCUCUUCCUCUCCUCUCCCUCUUCCCCUGUGACCUCCUUCUACCUCUCCCUCUCCCCCUGUGACCUCCCUCUUCCUCUCCUCUCCCUCUCCCCCUGUGACCUCCUACCUCUCCCUCUACCCCUGUGACCUUCCUCUCCUCUCCCUCCCCCCUGUGAUCUCCCUCAUCUUCCCUCUCUCCCCCGUGACCUCCCUCUUCCUCUCCUCCCCCUCUCCCCAUAUGACCUCCCUCUUUCUCUUCCUCUGGUGUAUCUUCCCCAUACUACUCCACUGUCAUCACUUCAGUGUGACUACUGAGAGAAUACAGAAUUAUUCCACAGGUAAAGGCCACUGAUAAAGAGAAUGAACUCACCAUAGAGUGACGUUUUUAUAGUUUACCUCUGUAAUCAUCGGAUCUGGGUUCAAAUACAUGUGUUUUUGAGGAUUAUUCUUUUUUAAAUACUUAUUUUCUGUGUAUUUAAGUAUUUUCAAAUAAUGUGGCCCAAAUCAACUACUUCCAUUUGUCACGGUUUCGGCCGAGACUGCUCCUCCUCCUGAUUCGGGCAGGCUUCGGCGUUCGCCGUCCCCGGAGUACUAGCUGCCACCGUUGAAUGUUUCGUGGGGUGAUUGCUUUGGUCUGUCUUGUACACCUGUGUCUGUUUGUGUUCUGAUUACGUGUCCUAUAAGUUCCCUGUUUUGUAUUGGUUAGAUUGUGUGUUGUUUUCGCCUGUCUUUAGUGCUGCGUGUUUUUGUAUCUGUUUUCUUGUUUAUUUUGCUUUACGCAUAGUUUGUGUAUUGCUCGCCUCUGUUUUAUUGUUGAGGCCGUUUACUGUAUUUUGCCUAUUGGUUUCUCAGUAAACUUUGUUGGACUAGCUUCGGUGUCCUGCGCCUGACUUCCACACUUCACACACCUCAGCCCUUGACAGAACAACACACCAUGAUGGAGUCAGCAGGAGCAGUGGCGGCACCCAAGUCGCUGGAGGAUCGGAUCAGCGACCAAGACACCAUGAUCCGGCAACUUGGGGCCGCCAUGAACGAGGUGUCCAACACUCUGCGCCGGUUGGUGACUGGAGAGGUGCCCACGCCUUCUCACACCAUCCCAUCACCAACGGCCAGUCCUCCUCUCUCAGCACCGGAACCCAGCGGCAUUCGGCUCUCGCUCCCGAGGGCAUAUGACGGUUCUGCAGCCGGGUGUCAGGGGUUCCUCCUGCAAGUGGAACUCUACCUGGCUACCAUACACCCAGCGCCCUCGGGAUACGAGAGCGUCUCCGCCCUCAUCUCCUGUCUAUCCGGCAAGGCGUUGGAGUGGGCCAACGCCGAAUGGAGGGGAAUAGACGCCGCUACCAUCACCUACGCGGAGUUCUCCCGCCGCUUCAGGGUAGUCUUCGAUCACCCACCUGAGGGGAAGGCGGCGGGGGAGCGUCUGUUCCACCUCCGACAGGAGAAGAGGAGCGCACAGGAGUUCGCCCUGGAGUUCCGGACUCUAGCGGCGGAUGCGGGGUGGAAUGAGAGGGCCCUCAUCGACCAUUACCGGUGUAGCCUACGAGAGGACGUUCGUCGUGAGCUGGCCUGCAGGGACACCAACCUAUCUUUCGACCAGUUGGUGGACAUCUCCAUCCGUCUUGACACCCUGCUGGCUACCCGCGGACGUCCCGAGUGGGGGUCGUCCAUUCCACCCUCCAGCACCUCCGAGCCGGUUCCCAUGGAGCUCGGGGGUGCUGGCGCAUCCGGAUCCCUCUUUGCCAUUCCAAGUAGAGGUAGACGCGUCCGAGACCGGUAUUGGGGCAGUCCUGUCACAACGGUCCGGCACGCCACCUAAGCUCCGCCCCUGUGUGUUCUACUCCAAGAAGCUCAGCUCGGCGGAGCGCAAUUAUGACGUUGGGGACAGGGAGCUGUUAGCUGUAGUCCAGGCCCUAAAGGUGUGGAGGCAUUGGCUUGAGGGGGCUCAACACCCUUUCCUCAUUCUGACUGAUCACCGUAACCUGGAGUAUAUCCGGGCAGCUAGGAGAUUGAACCCUCGUCAGGCUAGGUGGAACAUGUUCCUGACCCGGUUUGUUUUUAAGAUCACAUACAUCCCAGGGUCCCAGAACGGUAAGGCAGACGCCCUGUCCCGGCGGUAUGACACAGAGGAGAGGUCCAUUGAGCCUACUUCCAUACUGCCGUAGUCUUGUCUGGUGGCUCCGGUGGUAUGGGAGGUCGAUGCGGAAAUCGAGCGGGCACUGCGUACCGACCCUACUCCCCCCGAGUGUCCUGUGGGGCGGACGUACGUUCCGCUCGAGGUUCGUGAUCGUCUUAUUUAUUGGGCUCAUACAUCACCCUCCUCUGGACAUCCAGGUAUUGGCCGGACAGUGCACUGCCUUAGCGUGAAAUACUGGUGGCCAACGUUAGCUAAGGAUGUGAGGGUUUAUGUCUCCUCCUGCUCGGUGUGCGCCCAGUGUAAGGCGCCUAGACAUUUGCCCAGGGGUAAGUUACAUCCCCUGCCCGUUCCACAACGACCAUGGUCCCACCUCUCGGUGGAUUUUGUGACCGACCUACCCCCUUCCCAGGGGAAUACCACCAUUUUGGUCGUUGUGGAUCGGUUUUUCCAAGGCCUGUCGUCUCCUCCCACUGCCGGGUCUCCCUACUGCCCUACAGACCGCCGAGGCCCUAUUUACCCACGUGUUCCGGCACUAUGGGGUCCCCGAGGAUAUUGUGUCUGACCGAGGGCCCCAGUUCACCUCCAGAGUCUGGGGGGCGUUCAUGGAACGCUUGGGGGUCUCGGUGAGCCUUACCUCGGGGUACCACCCAGAGAGCAAUGGGCAGGUUGAACGAGUCAACCAGGAUGUGGGUAGGUUUCUGAGGUCCUAUUGCCGGGACCGGCCGGAGGAGUGGUCGAGGUAUAUCCCCUGGGCAGAGAUGGCCCAGAACUCUCUCCGCCACUCCUCCACCAAUUUAACGCCUUUCCAGUGUGUUUUAGGGUAUCAGCCGGUCCUGGCACCGUGGCACGAGAGCCAGAUCGAGGCCCCUGCGGUGGACAAGUGGAUUCGGCGCUCGGAGGAGACGUGGGACGCUGCCCAUGUCCAUCUGCAGCGGGCCAUCCGUCAACAAAAGGCGAGCGCCGAUCGCCACCGCAGUGAGGGACCGGUGUACGCACCGGGAGAUCGAGUCUGGCUCUCGACUCGAAACCUGCCCCUCCGCCUGCCCUGCCGGAAGCUGGGUCGGCGGUUUGUGGGGCCCUUUAAAGUCCUGAGAAGAUUGAACGAGGUGUGUUACAGGUUACAACUGCCUAUUGAGUACAAGAAUAUUAACCCCUCGUUCCAUGUGUCUCUUCUCAGGCCGGUGGUAGCUGGCCCACUCCAAGAGGAUGAGAUAGGAGAGACCCCUCCGCCCCCUUUGGACAUCGAGGGGGCCCCGGCGUACAGAGUCCGGACCAUCUUGGACUCGAGGCGCCGGAUGAGUGGUCUCCAGUAUCUCGUGGAGUGGGAGGGGUACGGUCCGGAGGAACGGUGCUGGGUGCCUAGGAGGGACAUCCUGGAUCCAUCCCUCCUGACUGAGUUCCACCGUGGGCAUCCCACGCGCCCGGGUCCGCGUCCUCCUGGCCGUCCUCGAGGCCGGGGUCGGCGCACGGCUGGAGCCGCGCGUCAAGGGGGGGGGGUACUGUCACGGUUUCGGCCGAGACUGCUCCUCCUCCUGGUUCGGGCAGGCUUCGGCGUUCGCCGUCCCCGGAGUACUAGCUGCCACCGUUGAAUGUUUCGUGGGGUGAUUGCUUUGGUCUGUCUUGUACACCUGUGUCUGUUUGUGUUCUGAUUACGUGUCCUAUAAGUUCCCUGUUUUGUAUUGGUUAGAUUGUGUGUUGUUUUCGCCUGUCUUUAGUGCUGCGUGUUUUUGUAUCUGUUUUCUUGUUUAUUUUGCUUUACGCAUAGUUUGCGUAUUGCUCGCCUCUGUUUUAUUGUUGAGGCCGUUUACUGUAUUUUGCCUAUUGGUUUCUCAGUAAACUUUGUUGGACUAGCUUCGGUGUCCUGCGCCUGACUUCCACACUUCACACACCUCAGCCCUUGACACCAUUGGAACUAUUUGAAAGUAUUUUUUCCAAUAAUUUCCUAUAAAUAGCCUACUUAUUUCCAAAUAUAAAAAAAUAAAUAGCAAACAGACCUGGGUUAUAAUGCAUGGUAGUAUUUAAACAUUAUCUGUGUAUUUGAGUAUUAUUGGAGGGGAUUUCUCUAUUUUCCAAAUACAUUCCAAAACUCAACUACUUGUUUUCAAUUAAAAAUAUAAAAAUACUUACUUCUAAAUAUCUUAAUUCCUCUGCACCUGAAAUCAUGAUAAUAUUAGGUGAAAAUGUAUAUAAAAGCAAUAAUUAGAAUGUACUCAUUUGUAACUAUGUCUUUUAAUAUGUUAAUUUUUUUAAUCAACAUUUCUGGUUUCUUAUUUCUUCUUAGAAAUGCCUAUUGGGAGGAGGUCAGAGACCUGGCUGUGUGGUGCCAGGAUAACAACCUCUCCCUCAACGUGAUCAAGACAAAGGAGAUGAUUGUGGACUACAGGGAAAAAAAAGAGGACUGAGCACGCCCCCAUUCUCAUCGACAGGGCUGUAGUGGAGCUUCAAGUUCCUUGGUGUCCACAUCACCAACAAACUAUAAUGGUCCAAACACACCAAGACAGUCGUGAAGCGGGCACGACAAAGCCUAUUCCUCCUCAGAAGACUGAAAAGAUUUGGCAUGGGUCCUCAGAUCCUCAAAAGGUUAGACAGCUGCACCAUUGAGCGCAUUCUGACUGGUUGCAUCACCGCCUGGUAUGGCAACUGCUCGGCCUCCGACCGCAAGGCACUAUAGAGGGUAGUGCGUACGGCCCAGUACAUCACUGGGGCCAAGCUUCCUGCCUUCCAGGACCUCUAUACCAGGCGGUGUCAGAGGAAGGCCCUAAAAAUUGUGAAAGACUCCAGCCACCCUAGUCAUAGACUGUUCUCUCUGCUACUGCACGGCAAGCGGUACCGGAGCGCCAAGUCUAGGUCCAAAAGGCUUCUUAACAGCUUCUACCCCCAAGCCAUAAGACUCCUGAACAGCUAAUCAUGGCUACAUGCAUAGUCACUUUAACUCUACCCACAUAUUACCUCAAUUACCUCAACUAACCGGUGCCCCCGCACAUUGACUCUGUACCGGUACCCCCUGUAUAUAGCCUCCCUAACGUUAUUUUAUUUUACUGCUGCUCUUUAAGCUCUAUUUUUUACUUAACACUUUUUUUCUUAAAACUGCAUUGUUGGUUAAGGGCUUGUAAGUAAGCAUUUCACUGUAAGGUGUACACCUGUGGUAUUCGGCGCAGGUGGCAAAUACAAUUUGAUUUGAUUUAAGGUGAGUACACUGGGUAGUAGGGAGGUUAGUAGGGAGGUUGGUAGGGAGGUUGGUAGGGAGGUUGGUAGGUAGGGAGGUUAGUAGGGAGGUUAGUAGGGAGGUUGGUAGGGAGGUUAGUAGGGAGGUUGGUAGGGAGGUUAGUAGGGAGGUUGGUAGGGAGGUUGGUAGGGAGGUUAGUAGGGAGGUUAAUAGGGAGGUUGGUAGGGAGGUUGGUAGGGAGGUUAGUAGGGAGGUUGGUAGGGAGGUUGGUUGGUAGGGAGGUUGGUUCUUUUAAAGAAAAGCAACAUUUGGAACAUUAAUUGGGUGCUUUCAUCCAAAUGUUUGAAAAGCCUUUCUUUUGUUCACUGUCUAUGUCUGCCACUCAGUCCCACUUAAGAGCUGCAUUUUCAUUUCUCUCAAAGACAUUGUCAAUGAAAUGAUUCACCUAUUUUCAAUCAGCGUUUAACGGUAAUUGCAUUUUGAUUUAGGGCAAUUAAUCCCCAUUUAAGGUUAUUUGCAUUAAUUUGAAAUAUUAAUGGGUUCUUUUGGAAGAGUGGAGAGAUGAGGAUUUGGCCACCGAGGACCCUCUCCUCCCCCCUCUGCUCCCCUCCAGGCAUAUCCAGUCCCAUUACCCAGGGUGCCCUGCAACAAAGGAAGGGCGUAAAUUAAAAAAAGGAGUUCUCUCUGUUGGAUUCUCUAUUGAAUAUAGAAAUUGAAUCAUAGAAAGUGAGGUAGUGAUAAUAGAAUUGUGUUGGGCAGACACAGUAGUCUAUCUGAACAGGCCUACCAACUUGGCUACAAAAUAGAGGGGGAGAGGGGAUAAAGGGAUGAGGGGUGUGUAGGGAUGCGGAUAUGAGAGGGGUAAGGGGAUGAGGGGGUGUCCGAUAAGCAUGAGAGGCGGUAAUACAUACGAGUGAUGUGGAAAGGGUUUCAGGCCAGGCCUUUGCUUGUUGUACUCUCUGAUUCAGUGCCCGCCACGGUGUGUCAGACGUCACAGAAGAGAUUGUUUUGACACCCCGUUAAGAAAUUCAGGAGGAGGACGGCUGGCUCAUAAAAUUUGCAGCCCCUGAUUGAAUUUAUCAUAUUUUCAUAGAGACCAUAAACUCUGUCUGCCUGCCAGGCCAGAGUGGCUGACAGAGACGAGAGAGGGGGGACAGGGGAGAGGGGGAGGGGACAUUUUUCUCUGCUUCCCUCCAUCCCUCACAAAUCUGUUCCCUCCUCUACUUCUCAGCCCCUAUGAGUCUGAUUCCUCUGGAGGUUUUUUCCUUCUAGAGAGUUUUUGCUUGCCACUGUGCUGCUGCUUCUGCCACUACAAUUAAUGUUUUCUAUCUUUCUGCCAGUUUGAACUUAAAACGCAGUGAAGUAUAAUUUCUGACCCUUAUGUCUGCAGGACUCUCUCUCUCUCCAUCCCUCCUCCUCUCCCCCCUAUUCUCUGUCUCACCUCCGUCCUUACCUCUCACCCGAGAGUGCCUUUGUCUGUGAAUCCUAAUGGGUGCUCUCUAUGUAAAUAAUAUAUUAAAUAAUACAUUUCUAAUGUCCCUCUCAGAUCUGCCUCUCUCUCUCUACCCUACCAUCUUAUAUUAGUUUGCAAGCUUCGCCUCGCCGCCUCAAACACUCUGACUUAAAUAUUUAACCAGCUGAGAAACUCAUAUCACGUCCCUUUUCUUGGGUGCAAACACCAUAAUUCACACUGUGAAACUGAGAGAGGAACAGGAGGAGGGGGAGGAAGGGGAGGAAAUGAAAUAUUUAGAGAUGCACAAUCCUUUCAAUUAUGUUCCUGAUGCUUUAAUGAAAAAACAGAACAACAAUGAAAUGAGCAACAGCAUUUUGAAGUAGUGUAGCUGAGGAGUUUCUAACAGCAAUACAAUAUAACGUUGUCAAUUAUUCACACUACACCCGUCUCCCCCAGUCAGAUGCAUUAUACAUUUAUGUUUCAUUAUAUUCUGGGAAUUUAAAUACAGUCUUUUUGCAUGUCAUUUGUUUUCCCCUUAGCCUUGCAAUUAAAGAGUUCAAAAAAGUGAUAUAGUAUUGUGCGGAUCAGUUAUUGGCCGUUUUGGAGCAGUGCCCAGUGCAAGAGGAGUUUUCACACGCACACACGCACACACACACACACACACACACACACACACACACACACACCAAGCCUCCAGUUACUGUACCCUGGCUGGCUCUUGGGGGGUGAAACAGUGAGCCAGGUCUUUGUAGCUCCCCCUCACAAGUGCACAUCAUCUGCUUCCCAAUAGAUUGGUUCCCAUCAAUGUUUAACAGACACUUAAAAUAUGUUUCCUUACUCAUCUGUAAUUUAAGCAGCUUUCUGAAGCGCUGUACCCUGUCCCUGUAUCAGCCACCAACACGAUCACUUUUUGUUGCUGCCUUUCAUCGUGCUCUAUCAUUUAGUGAGAGAACAAAUAGAGAGCCCUCUCUCUCUUCUUCUCUUUCUCUCUCUUCUUCUUGUUCUCUUUUAUAUCUGGCUCCUUGGGUCUGUCGGUGUAACCAACACAAGGGCUCAGUUUCACCACGGUAAAUCCACCACAUGAGAUGGAUCUCUCUCUCAUCCUCGCCAAGCAGAGAGAGAGCUUAGACAGAGGCGAAGAGAUGAUAGCUUCGAUCUCGAGAGAGCGAUACAGCGAGCGAGAUAGCGAUCCCAGCGAGUCUAUAGGCAUCUCUGCUUCUCGGUGCUCUUCUCAUACUCCUCAUCUCUCUCUCUCUCUCUCUCUAUCUCUCUCUCUAUCUCUCUCUCUCUCUCUCUCUCCUCUCUCUCUCUCUCUCUCUCUCUUCUCUGGUGUCCAGUUGUCCCCCCUGCUGAUGUUGUAUGGACAGUGUGUGUCAGUGAAUUGUUUGUUUUGGUGUGUGUCAAUGGUGGGACUGGUUUGCCACCAACCUGUUAUCAAUCUAAAGAUGGGGCCAGCAGGCAGGCCAGGUCACCAUAGCAACCAACUCCUCUAUCACUUAUCACAGAGGAAAGUGGGAAGAGAGAGAAAGAAGAGAGAUAGCAUAGGCUAGAGACCGAAGUUAAGAGAGAGAAAGACAGGGGAGAGAAUGUGUAGGCAUGUCUGAGUAGGCAUAGCUGCAUGUGUUCAUAUUGUGGGUGCUGUCUAUGUUUCUGUCUGUGGGAGUGCAGGGGGUAAGGGGCAGGGGUAGGGGGUAGAGGGGGAGUCAGAGGCAGGGAGGGGUGAAGAGUUGGAAGGAAGAGGGGCUAGAGAAAAUAUGUUUAAAACAUUAACUGCAUGCAGAAUUGAUGAUGACGCGUGGCUGGUGUGACAAUGGAUGGCUUAUGAGGCCAUAAUAGGUCCAAACACACGCACGCACGCGCACACACACACACACACACACACACACACAGACACACGCACACACACACUAGGCCUGGGGCCUUGCUCUUGGGCCCCUUUGCUGGAAUGGACAAAUCUUCCCUCUGAUUUAUGGAAAUGCAGAUGGGGCUUUUAUUAUGCCCCAACCCCUCCCUUCACACACACACACACACACACACAUGCACGAACGCACACACGCAAUCACACACACCUCGAUGCAAUGGCAGAUCUGUAGUGAGGAGAGAGAAGGACAAAGGAGGGUCAAAUACUGUAUAAAAUGUGUCGACUCUGCAGGGGAAAUGGUAAUUAAAUUAUGAAACGUGUGUGUGUGUGUGGGUGUCGAGGCCUAUUGCGGAGAAACAAAGAGAGUGUGAAUGCCUCAGUCUUGACAGACACAUGCUGGAAUUGUAUAAUGAGGCAUUAGUAACAUACACAUCAUGCAGACAAUGAUAACAAAGGGAUUCCUACUUAAUUGAAUGAAUAAACAUUACAUUACAUCACAAACAUUAUGAUGGACUUGACAAUGUUAGUUUUUACAAUGGUCGUUAAUACGGUAAUGCAAUGGUAAUAGUAAGUGAGUGUGAUUGUGUGUGUGUGUGUGUUCGUGGGGGGGAGGACUGUUGCAACACCCUCUCUGCACACUGAGAUGAAGACCAUCAGUAUCAUGCUGGGUCCACAUACAGCACCAUGUGGAACCUUGUGUGUGUGUGUGUGUGUGUGUGUGUGUGUGUGUGUGUGUGUGUGUGUGUGUGUGUGUGUGUGCAAUGAGUAAGUGUGUUUUUAUGCAUUGCUGGCUGCACUGCAUAUUUUGCCACAAAUCUCAAAAUGCAAAUGUAUGAACGCAUCCAACAAGACCAGAGUGGAAAAUGAAAUGAAAGAUUCUGCCAAGUGAGCUCCUUGACGCAGAUAAGAGAGGUGUGUGCGUGUGUUUGUGUGUGAGGUGUGAGAAUUAUGAAAUGUGUUCAGUAUGAAUAUAUUUACAUAUUAUGGUAAAUCCUCAAGGUAGGAAAACGAAUUCACCUCAGAAUUCACAGUGAAACAGCUCAUAUCUGAACUGAAGUAAAACCUCUUUGCCAAGAAGACCCCCUCCCCUCUGUUUGUAAGUACAGGAUGCUCUUUCAUGAAAAAGUGUUUUCACAACACUCAAACACCAAUUUAGAUUGAGGAACGUUUUGGAUGUUUCGUAGUACUUCAUAACACAUUUUGGCGGUGUCAGAGGUGGAACAGCGUUAGAGCUGUUAAAUCCACAAGCGACUCCUUGCGUUAACUUAUCGCGGACACUGCCAUUGGAUGCAACGAAACCCUCAGACUCUACUCCGACAAAACCCAUGCAGCGUUACAAGUUCAAACAAUGCGUGAUGUGCUCAAUUAGACUGAUAUAGGCUAUAAAUCCCACCAUACAAAUUAACAUGAAAACAUGCAUUAGCCUACACUUUCUAACGCCGUUUUGAACUUCUGACACGGUAGGGAUACUAAGGAAUGGAGUGGUUUGUGACACACAAGAGCAGCCGCUCACAGAUAUGUCAGUUUAUACCGCAUUUACACCUACAACACGCCAAAACAUCUACUAUGCAGAUGUCUGCCAACGCGGAUCAAAGCUCGAUCUGAUUGAAUCGAGGCCUAACAUUGGGCUUACAUUCAAACCCCCUCCAAACACCAGAUCUCAGCUUAGGCGCACAACUUUUCAUGGUUUCAUUAGGCAAUGGUGGUGUUUUGACUCUCUAUUUUACCAGUGCAGGAUGGGGAAAGAUAGAGGGAGGAGGAAAGAGAAAAAGAUGGAGGGAGAGAGAGGAGGAGAGCAUGAUAGAAGCAUCCUGAGAGAUUCACAUCAUGUUCAGUAAUCGAGGAAAAGAGAGGAGGGGGAGAAGAGGAGAGCGUAUGCUUGAAUGGAUUCUUUCUCUCAACUCGGCUGAAUGGUCCCUGCUUCGGAGCCGCAAACGCAAACACACACACUCACACACAGCCCACUGUUCCCGUGGCGACCACGCUGUCAGCCUCUAAACACUCUUCGCUCCCUACUUUUCUGUUCCUCCUUCUCUUCCUCCCUCCAUAGCACUGGCCUUUCUUUUUUCUUCUACUAAUCUCUCUCUUACUGAACUUCUUCUCCCGCCCUCCCUUCUUUCCAUCUUUAUUUCUUUUUCCAUCUCUUUUCCUCUCCUUCCCUCUCCUCUCCAGGGAGUGUUAUAUCCCCCUGUCCUCAGCACCCUUCCUUGCCUCCAUCCUUCUAUCUCUUUAACUCUCUCCUAUCCCCCUCUCUCCCGCCCUCUACUGCUCCUCUGCUUCCCCUCCCUCCCUCCCUCUCUCUCUCCCUUCUUUCUUGAGAGUAGUGUUUAGUGAUUAAUGUGAGUUUUAAUUGUCGUGCUCACUUUUAUGCUCAUUAGAGUGUAUUAUGCAGCAGUUAGGGUAUUAAAGUUCAGCCUGAGAUUUCAUGCAUACUGAUGAGGAUGCAAAUGAGCCCGGCAUGAAAGGAAGGAUCUCUGGAUGUGUGUGUGUGUGUGCGUGCAUGUGUGUGUGUGUGUGUGUGUGAUCCCCUGGAGCCAGCAGCAGUGUUGUCCAAUAUUUCCCCCAGUAGCCGUCUUAGCCGCUGCGUAAGAGAGGUCUGGCUAUAGAAAUCAUGUAACAGUUUUUUUCAAUCGCUUUGGUGCAAUUUUCAUAAGUACUGUGUGUGGUACAUUUUCACAACUCUUAGUAUAAAACUCAAAUCCGAUCAUCAAAAAGGCAGUUGUUGCAAAACACUUAGCUAAUUUUCAAUUGACUAAGUACAACACACAAAAUCAUAGUCACUUUUUAAUCUAGAAAUACAUAUUUUACAUUGCAAUACAUAUUCAUAUAAAGUAAUUGCCUUUCACAAUGCAAUGCUCACAUUACUUUUGAUAUGAUUUGUUAAAAAUACAUUUUACUAUUACUUAAUCUGACUGCUCUUAAUUGAUCAUCGCUAAACCAUUUGGUAAACCUAUAGAUUUUAAUCUGGUUUGUCUAGUACAGAUUUUGAGAACUUCAUAAUGAAAAUGUAUGUAUGUAAAAUAGAAAGCAUGAUAUAUACUGUAAUGUACUAUUAGGAUGAUGACUAUUAUGACUUUACUUUACAGUAAAUGUAAAACAAAUCUGGUAUUGACAAGAUCAGAGAUGUACUGUAUGUAACAAAUACAUCCCCUAAACAGUAAACAUGUAUCCAAAAUGAAGUUGCUGGGAUGCGGUUCACACUACAUUACAAAAAUUGCAUUGGCCAAUACAAUACUGUAAUACCGUAAUAUAUGCCAUUUAUGUAACAGAUACUUUUUAUCCAAAGUGACAACAGUGAGUCCACACAUUUUCGUUUGUGACUCCUAUGGGAAUCGAACCCAAAACUCUGGCUUUGCUACUGCAAAUACGAACUGAGUCACGUUCAGGACCACUACAAUACAUAAGUACAAUACAAUACAGUAAAAUACAAUACACAAUGAUUACAAUACAGGUGGAAGAUUUAUGAUUGUCAUCCCCAUGAGCAUACCACUCUCCUCCAGGCCAUGGAUGAGGCAUGCAAUGACAUGAAUCCAGACCUACUGUAUGUCAGGCUUGGAUUCGCCAUGCACAAAGGUUUUUCCCCAGGUGUGUGAACGAUGAGGACAUUUACUGUGAUGUUGAUGAGAACCUAUGGCCAAAUGCUCAAGACAGGCAAACUAGUGCCUGCUAAACUUUGUUUCUUUAAUUUAUUUAAUUAGUUUCAUUUGAUUACAGUACACCUAUGUUGUAAUUAUAUCUGAACAAUACAUUUAUUUUUUGCAUCAAUGAUUGUGAAAGAGGUCUUCAAUGAUCAAACCUUUGAUCACAAUGGCAUAGAAAUUAUGGACAUUUGAUGUUCAGUCAAUUUUAAUGGGUAGGUCAAGUGUAUUGCCUAAUGUCAAAACAGUAUAAUGUACUGUAAUUUACAGUACUGUAGCAUAUUACAUUCAAAGGGCAAUUUUCAAUCAUCGAGCGCUUGGGACUAUAAGGUUCUGUCUGCAAAAAGAUGAUUCUGAAAUAAUUGGCUUUAAAGUUCUGAACCCUUAUUGAUUUGAAUGGUGUCAGCAAUUUUUGAUCUUGCAUUCUUUUGAACUUAACAACAUGAAUUUUGAUAAUUUUGAGUACUAUAUAUGUAGAGAACAUUGAACAGAACAGGGCUAUGGGGGCGGCAGGUAGCUUAGUGGUUAAGAGCGUUGUGCCAGUAACCGAAAGGUCGCUGGUUCUAAUCCCCGAGCCAACUAGGUGAAAAAUCUGUCGAUGUGCCCUUGAGCAAGGCACUUAACCCUAAUUGCUCAUGUAAGUCGCUCUGGAUAAGAGCGUCUGCUAAAUGACUAAAAUGUAAAUGUAAAUGUCAAUAACUCAAUUUCGACAAAAAUGCUGAUAGAACCUUAUAGUCCAAAACUCUCUACAUGUGUCUUACAUUUUUUGCUAUUGGGUUAACUGGUUGUUAAAAUAACUCAAUUGAAAAUAUAUUAUUAUGUUGUGUUUUGGUGAUUAAAUCAAUGAUCUCAUGAUAUUUCACUGUAAACUUAUAGUUUUUAUCAAUGGUUGUAUGGUGAAAGAUGUUUUCAAACUAAAUAAAUGCACAAUAAAACGCUAUGAAUAUGAGACUUGCUCCCUUUACAAGUGUUUGGAGUUUUAUACUAAGAGUUUUAAAAAUUCCCCACAUACAGUGGCCUGCGAAAGUAUUCACCCCCCUUGGAAUUUUUCCUAUUUUGUUGCCUUACAACCUGGAAUUCAAAUUGAUUUUUGGGGGGUUUGUAUCAUUUGAUUUACACAACAUGCCAAACCACUUUGAAAAUGCAAAAUAUUUUUUAUUGUGAAACAAACAAGAAAUAAGACAAAAAAACAGAAAACUAUGUAGUCAAUACUUUGUAGAGCCACCUUUUGCAGCAAUUACAGCUGCAAGUCUCUUGGGGUAUGUCUCUAUAAGCUUGGCACAACUAGCCACUGGGAUUUUUGCCCAUUCUUCUAGGCAAAACUGCUCCAGCUCCUUCAAGUUGGAUGGGUUCCGCUGGUGUACAGCAAUCACAGAUACCACAGAUUCUCAAUUGGAUUGAGGUCUGGGCUUUGACUAGGCCAUUCCAAGACAUUUAAAUGUUUCUCCUUAAACCACUCAAGUGUUGCUUUAGCAGUAUGCUUAGGGUCAUUGUCCUGCUAGAAGGUGAACCUCCGUCCCAGUCUCAAAUCUCUGGAAGACUAAAACAGGUUUCCCUCAAGAAUUUCCCUGUAUUUAGCGCCAUCCAUCAUUCCUUCAAUUCUGAGCAGUUUCCCAGUCCCUGCCGAUGAAAAACAUCCCCACAGCAUGAUGGUGUUCUCGGGGUGAUGAGAGGUGUUGGGUUUGCGCCAGACUUAGCGUUUUCCUUGAUGGCCAAAAAGUACCUUCUUCCAUAUGUUUGGGGAGUCUCCCACAUGCCUUUUGGCGAACACCAAACGUGUUUGCUAAUUUUUUUCUUUAAGGAAUGCCUUUUUGUUCUGGCCACUCUUCCGUAAAGCCCAGCUCUGUGGAGUGUACGGCUUAAAGUGGUAUUAUGGACAGAUACUCCAAUCUCCGCUGUGGAGCUUUGCAGCUCCUUCAGGGUUAUCUUUGGUCUCUUUGUUGCCUCUCUGAUUAAUGCCCUCCUUGCCUGGUCUGUGAGUUUUGGUGGGCGGCCCUCUCUUGGCAGGUUUGUUGUGGUGCCAUAUUCUUUCAAUGUUUUAAUAAUGGAUUUAAUGGUGCUCCGUGGGAUGUUCAAAGUUUCUGAUAUUUUUUUUUAUAACCAAACCCUGAUCUGUACUUCUCCACAACUUUGUCCCUAACCUGUUUGGAGAGCUCCUUGGACUUCAUGGUGCCGCUUGCUUGGUGGUGCCCCUUGCUUAGUGGUGUUGCAGACUCUGGGGCCUUUCAGAACAGGUGUAUUUAUACUGAGAUCUUGUGACAGAUCAUGUGACACUUAGAUUGCACACAGGUGGACUUUAUUUAACUAAUUAUGUGACUUCUGAAGGUCAUUAGUUGCACCAGAUCUUAUUUAGGGGCUUCAUAGCAAAGGGGGUGAAUACAUAUGCACGCACCACUUUUCCGUUAUUUAAUUUAUAUAGUUUUUUGAAACAAGUUAUUUUUUUUAUUUCACUUCACCAAUUUUGACUAUUUUGUGUAUGUCCAUUACAUGACAUCCAAAUAAAAAUCAAUUUAGAUUACAGGUUGUAAUGCAACAAAAUAGGAAAAACGUCAAGGGGGAUGAAUACUUUUGCAAGGCACUGUACUUGAGAGAAUAGCACCAAAGUGAUUGAAAGAAACCUGUUAUGUAGCUUUGAGAGGAUCCUUUAUGACUGAAUAAGCUUAAAAUACUGAUAUGCUCUUUGGAAAAUACUGUAUGUCCUUAUUCAAUAAGGGGCAACAGUGUCGGGUAGGAAUAGGAAUCUACCUACAAUGAAGUCAGUCAAGAUGGCGUAGCAGUGUGGUCAUGAAUUGUGUUGUGUCCUCGUGUAAAUAGCCUGUUUUUUUUGUUUUUUGUCUUUUUUUCGUAUAUAUUUCUCUAUCUCACUUCCCAUCCUUUACCCAAAUAUACUUUCCUGCAACCUGCCUCACCCAAUGUGGAACGGAAUUGUAUUAUUUCUUUAUUUUUAUCAAGAACCUACGGCUGAAACUAGCCAGCUAACUAUCUACUUUCUAUUAGCCACCGUUAGCGGUCUUCACCACUGUCCGUGGCCUGCACUACCUACCAGCCAGCUCUAGCCUGGACAAUUAUCGGCCUGCACAGCAUGCUAUCGACACAGAGCAUAUCGGAUUUUCUGCCGGAAUCACUGACUCACUGGACCUUAACACCGGAUCAUCGCAACUAGCUAGCUGCAACCGAAUGGCUGUUGUUGGCUAAUUCACCACUGUCCCGAUGCACCAGUUAGCCUUGAGCUAGCCUCGAGCCAGGCCCAUCUCCCGGCUAUCUACCUCUCUGUCAACCGGACGGGACCUCCUAGUGUCGACACGGAGCCCCGCCGAUCCAUCACGACUGGUCUGCCGACGUAAUCGUCUGAUGUGGUUUCAACAAGCUUCCCGUUGCGACGACCACGAAGAUCCAUCUGCUAGCCCCGGCCCGCUAGCACGCGCAAUAAACAGCCGUACCUCCUGCUCGCCUGUGCUGUAGCAGCCUACAAACUGCUCCCGGACUUAGCUAUUUCUGUUCACUGGACCUUAUGAUCACUCAGCUACACAGCUGAUGCCUGCUGGACUGUCCCUUUACACGGUACCCUAUCCUGUUUAUCUGUUUAGCCUCAGCCCAAACUUUCGUCGCCUUUACCAGUUGUUGUCUUAGCCCUCUCGAAUAACACCUGUGAUUGCGUUAUGUCUCUCUCCCAUGUCAAUAUGCCUAGCAUAUUGCUGUUUGGGCUAGUUCUUAUUGUACUAUUUCACUGUAGAACCUCCGUCCCGCUCAACCAGCCUCGGAGAGCUCCUUUGUCCCACCCCCAUACACGCGGAGACUGGCUCAAUCGGUACCUCCAGUGAUGCUACCUCUUUCAUCGUUACCCAAUGCUUAGGUGUACCUCCACUGUACUCAUAUCCUUCCAUAUCCUUGUCUGUAAAUAAUGCCCUGAAUCUAUUCUACAACGCCCGGAAAUCUGCCCCUUUUAUUCUCUGUACCCAACGCACUAGAAGACCAGUUCUUAAAGCCUUUAGCCGUAUCCUUAUUAUAUUCCUCCUCUGUUCCUCUGGUGAUGUAGAGGUUAACCCAGGCCCUGUCGCCCCCAGUAUCACUCCUACUCCCCAGGCACUACCAUUUGUUUACUUCUGUAACCGUAAAAGCCUUGGAUUCUUGCAUGUCAACAUCAGAAGCCACCUCCCCAAGUUUGAGUUAUUCACUGCGUUAGCACACUCUGCCAACCCUGAUGUUCUAGCAGUGUCUGAAUCCUGGCUUAAGAAGGCCACCAAAAAGUCUGAAAUGUCCCUCCCAAAUUACAACAUUUUCCGUCUAGAUAGAACUGCCAAAGGGGGCGGAGUUGCAAUCUACUGUAGAAAUAGCCUGCAGAGCUCUAUCAUACUAUCCAGGUCUGUGCCCAAACAGUUUGAGCUUCUACUUCUAAAAAUCCACCUUUCCAGAAAUAAGUCUCUCACUGUUGCCACUUGCUACAGACCCUCCUCAGCCCCCAGCUGUGCCCUGGACACCAUAUGUGAAUUGCUUUCCCCCCCCAUGUUUCCUCUGAGUUCGUCCUACAAUCUAAACUAGAUGCCCUCAAUCUCACACAAAUUAUCAAGGAACCUACCAGGUACAACCCUAAAUCCGUAAACAUGGGGACCCUCAUAGAUAUCAUCCUGACUAAUUUACCCUCUAAAUACACCUCUGCUGUCUUCAACCAGGAUCUCAGCGAUCAUUGCCUCAUUGCCUGCGUCCGUAAUGGGUCCGCGGUCAAACGACCACCCCUCAUCACUGUCAAACGCUCCCUAAAACACUUCAGCGAGCAGGCCUUUCUAAUUGACCUGGCCCGGGUAUCCUGGAUGGAUAUUGACCUCAUUCCGUCAGUAGAGGAUGCCUGGAUGUUUUUCAAAAGUGCUUUCCUCUCCAUCUUAAAUAAGCAUGCCCAUUCAAAAAAUUCAGAACUAAGAACAGACAUAGCCCCUGGUUCACCCCAGACUGCCCUUGACCAGCACAAAAACAUCCUGUGGCGUACUGCAUUAGCAUCGAACAGCCCCCACGAUAUGCAACUUUUCAGGGAAGUCAGGAACUAAUAUACACAAUCAGUUAGGAAAGCAAAGGCUAGCUUUUUCAAACAGAAAUUUGCAUCCUGUAGCACUAACUCCAAAAGGUUUUGGGACACUGUAAAGUCCAUGGAGAAUAAGAGCACAUCCUCCCAGCUACCCACUGCACUGAGGCUAGGAAACACUGUCACCACCGAUAAAUCUACGAUAAUCGAGAAUUUCAAGAAGCAUUUUGCUACGGCUGGCCAUGCUUUCCACCUGGCUACCCCUACCCCGGCCACCAGCUCUGCACCCUCCGCUGCAACUUGCCCAUGCCCCCUCCCGCUUCUCCUUCACCCAAAUUCAGAUAGCUAAUGUCCCGAAAAAGCUGCAAAAUCUGGACCCCUACAAAUCAGCUGGGCUAGACAAUCUGGACCCCUUCUUUCUAAAAUUAGCCGCCGAAAUUGUCGCAACCCCUAUUACUAGCCUGUUCAACCUCUCUUUCGUAUCGUCUGAGAUCCCCAGAGAUUGGAAAGCUGCCGCGGUCAUCUCCUCUUCAAAGGGGGUUCAGUGUCAAAUCGGAGGGCCUGUUGUCUGGACUUCUGGCAGUCUCUAUGGGGGUGCCACAGGGUUCAAUUCUCGGGCCGACUCUAUUCUCUGUGUAUAUCAAUGAUGUCGCUCUUGCUGCUGGUGACUCUCAGAUCCACCUCUACGCAGACAACACCAUUUUGUAUACAUCUGGCCCUUCAUUGGACACUGUGUUAACAAACCUCCAAACGAGCUUCAAUGCCAUACAACACUCCUUCCAUAGCCUCCAACUGCUCUUAAAUGCUAGUAAAACUAAAUGCAUGCUCUUCAAUCGAACGCUGCUUGCACCCGCCCGCCCGACUAGAAUCACUACUCUCGGCGGAUCUGACUUAGAAUAUGUGGACAACUACAAAUACCUAGGUGUCUGGUUAGACCGUAAACUCUCCUUCCAGACUCACAUUAAGCAUCUCCAAUCCAAAGUUACAUCUAGAAUCGGCUUCCUAUUUUGCAACAAAGCCUCCUUCACUCAUGCUGCCAAACAUGCCCUUGUAAAACUGACUAUCCUACCGAUCCUUGACUUCGGUGAUGUCAUUUACAAAAUAGCUUCCAACACUCUACUCAGCAAAUUGGAUGUAGUCUAUCACAGUGCCAUCCGUUUUGUCACCAAAGCCCCAUAUACUACCCACCAUUGUGACCUGUACGCUCUCGUUGGCUGGCCCUCACUACAUUUACAUUUACAUUUUAGUCAUUUAGCAGACGCUCUUAUCCAGAGCGCCUUACAGUUAGUGCAUACAUUAUUACUUUUUUUUAUCGAACCCACAACCCUGGCGUUGGAAACGCCAUGCUCUACCAACUGAGCUACAUCCCCUCCACUACAUAUUCGUCGCCAAACCCACUGGCUCCAGGUCAUCUAUAGAUCUCUUCUACGCAAAUACCCGCCUUAUCUUAGCUCAUUGGUCACCAUAGCAACACCCACCCGUAGUAUGCGUUCCAGCAGGUAUAUCUCACUGGUCAUCCCCAAAGCCAACACCUCCUUUGGCCGCCAUUCCUUCCAGUUCUCUGCUGCAAAUGACUGGAACGAACUGCAAAAAUCUCUGAAGCUGGAGACACUUAUCUCCCUCACUAACUUUAAGCAUCAGUUGUCAGAGCAUUUUACCGAUCACUGCACCUGUACACAGCCCAUCUGUAAUUAGCCCACCCAACUACCUCAUCCCCAUAUUGUUAUUUACAUUAUUAUUUAUUUUGUUCAUUUGCACCCCAGUAUCUCUAUUUGCACAUCAUCUUCUGCACAUCUAUCACUCCAGUGUUAAUACUAAAUUGUAAUUAUUUUGCACUAUGGCCUAUUUAUUGCCUUACCUCCAUAACUUACUACAUUUGCACACACUGUAUAUAGAUUUUCUAUUGUGUUAUUGACUGUACGUUUUGUUUAUUCCAUAUGUAACUCUGUGUUUGUUGUUUUUAUCGCACUGCUUUGCUUUAUCUUGGCCAGAUUGCAGUUGUAAAUGAGAACUUGUUCUCAACUGGCUUACCUGGUUAAAUAAAGGUGAAAUAAAAUAAAUAAAAAAGUCAUAGACUAGAACUUGUAUAUAUUUCGAUUUUAUGCAGUAUUUCCAGAUUCAUGUCAGCCAUGUUCUCAUUGAAAGUGAGAUUCUUGGAGAGAGAAAGAGAGGACAGGGCAUGGUUUAUUCAAUGGGAUUUCAGCCUGAUGAAAAGAUACAGGGUGGAAAAAAUAUGAUAAGGACGACAUUACCAUAAUUAGUUAUUAAAAUUCAAAUUGAGACUGUACAAUGACAUGAAAAUACCUAAUCAUAUUUAAAACAUGAACGGCUGUAUUUCUGAGAAAACAUGUGCGAUAUAUGUGUAUGUGUGCAUUUAUGAUAAGGCGUAUGUGUGUGUGUUUGCAUGUGCCUGCGCGCACGUGCAUUUAUCUGUGUGUGUGUAUCAGCGAAUAUUUCUCCCAAGCCCCCCGCUGCUCCUCCCAUGCUGAGAGAAUAGGCUCAGUCAUCCCAGAGCUUGCCUGGCUGUGUCUGCCUGUCACUGCAGGGUGAGAUGAGACAAUGGGAAAAUAUUCAGACACCAGGCUCAUAUCACUCACCCAGCGUGGAGAAACUACUGUGUGCAAGCAUUGGCAGACGGUAAUGUAACUGUAAAUGGAUGUUAAGAUAUAUGAGAGGAAAGUCAUUAGAUGUAACAUAAGGAUUUUUAAGGGUUUUAUUGUAGCCGAUGGUAGACGUAUAAGAAAAAACUAAGCUGAUAAGAGAAGAAACAUACAAAGGUAUACCAGAUGUUUACCAACACCAACACAGCACAAGGCUAGCUCUGUGGACAUUGAUGAUGAUAAUAACUACUGCAUAAGCAUCACUAUGCACCAUUUUGUGCCAGGUAUAUUAAAUUAUUUGAAGUAAGUACCAGCAGAGCUGAAAUAAGACAGUAAAGUCAAAACAGAGAAUCAAAAUGGCCGAUGACACAGAAAAGCCAGAGUAGGGACGGUAAACAAACAUGGUCUAGUUAAUGGCUGCCUGUCUCAGAAUGAAGAAAUCAAACACACUAAACUGAUCAGAGGCAUAGCUGCGGGAAGUAGGGGUGCUGAGGGUGCUGCAGCAUCCCUUAAAAAUACAAUUAAAAAAAAAAAAAAGUAGUGUACUGGGCCUAGUAUUAGCGCAAUCUAUCCAGAGAAACUUACAGUAGGGAGUGUAUACAUUUUCAUACUGGUCUCCCGUGGGAAUCGAACCCACAACCCUAGCAUUGCAAGCGCCAUGCUCUACCAACUGAGCCACAUCAUCACAUCACAUCAUCACAAACAUCAUUCAGUUGCAAUUAGUUACAUCGUUUUUUUUGCCUGCCAUACAGACGUCUAUAUCGAGGCAACUCAAGUUACAAAUACUGGUAAACACUCAAAUACAUUUAGUUUACAUCUUUUCACAUAAGUAGUGCACUGGGCCAUUACUAGUCAUGUAUCAGCAGAUCAAUAUAGACGUCUUCAGCGUGGGCAAUGUAUAUAUAUAUUAUAUAUAUAUUUUUUUUCAGCACCGCCACCCCCAAACUACUUCCCACGGCUAUGAUCAGAGGUAUGCCAACACAUCAUUGGCCAGCUCAGAGGAUGUUGCCAGCUGCGUCAUUUAAAUGCUUUCAGGACUUGUCAGAUCAGAUGGGUUUGUUUUGGCUGGAACUACUCGGAUCCUUUGAUCAAUUAUCCUGAUUAGGGCAGCAGUAACCCAUAUGGUGGUGUUUAUGAGGCCGAGUUGGACCCAAGCACACACAUGCACACACACACUUUUUUAAAUAUCCAAAACCACACAAACAUGCACGCACACACACACUAUCCCCUUUUUAAAAAUGUUUUUGCUGUAUGGCUUUCACUUGGCUGACCCGUGUCACCAACACGCAAACAAUUCAAUACAACACAACUUUAUUUCUCCCCUGAGGACAAAACAGAAGGACACUUCUGGGUUACCCUGGCUUUCUCCACACUCUAUUGAGCCGUGAAUCACACUGGGAGAUGCCUUGGCAUUUCUGCAGGUUAACCAUGAGAAAUGACCUCUUUUGCACCGUCGAUUCCUGCCUGCCUUCAGGGGAGUAGAGGCAGGACAGGGCUGUCCGUUAAGGCCCAGUGACAGCAGCUGGGCUGGGGGACUUGGUCUGUCUUGUUCCUGUGUAAUUACUCAUCUCAAUAAAGGGAGAAAUGGUGACAUGGGGAUCUGUCCUUGUGUAACAACGCUGUGGAUUGGAUAAUACUCUUAAAAUAACAACAAUUUUGAAAAUAAACCAUAGAGAAUAAAAUAAGAUCCAAGAUAGAGGGAGAAAAAGCUGAAUUCUCCUGUCCUGAUAUGCACAUUGGUCAAUAUACAUUGUGAAACAUACUGUAAAUAACCUAUAGAUAGCGUAAAUAAACCUGAAAAAUAGACCUGUCUGAAUCUGAUGCACCGAAUGACAUUGCAUUGAUUGUCCAAAGAUUACAACACUCCCUAUUUCAGUUGCAAUUAGUUACAUCACAUUUUCUAAUCAAUUAAACCUGGCUCCUGGCUGCAGGGUUUUACUGAAGACCACUGAGACUCCCACACCAGAUUAGAUUAACCCCGCUCUGCAUCUCUCUCUCUCUCUCUCUCUCUCUCUACCUUUCCCUCUUUUCAUGACUCUUUCUUUCUCUCUCUACCUUUCCAUCUUUUCACGUGUCCCCUGUAGCUCAGUUGGUAGAGCAUGGCGCUUGCAACGCCAGGGUUGUGGGUUCGUUUCCCAGUAUGAAAAUGUAUGCACUCACUAACUGUAAGUCGCUAUGGAUAAGAGCGUCUGCUAAAAUGUAAAAAUGUCAUGCCCUUCUCUCUCUCUCUGCACACACUCAUUCUCUCUUUUUCCUUUCCCUCUCUCCCCCUCUUCACCUUUCCCUUUUCUUCAUUUCCAUACACUGAUAACAGGCCAAAAUAUUUACUUUACAGGGUAAUUACAUAGGUGUAUCCACUAAUACUUUUGCUGGUAUAAAUCUAGUCAAGGGCCAAGUUCCAGUCUUUUCCCCCAGAAACAUGUUUUAUGGUUAAAGGAGGAGAGAAACCCCAUCAGCUGUGCCAUGAUCCAAAUAUGGGACCGCACUCUGCAGACUCAAACUACACAGCUUUUAUUUCCCAACUAGGAACGUCCCCUUCCAGCCUUCAGGCCUGCACCCAACAUUCCUUUGGAACUGUAGUCUACGUCACAGAGGGCGUUUCUGUGUUCCAGUACGCCCGCCCCUCUCCACGAGGCCUACAGAGACGCCCGCCCCCUCUCCACGAGGCCUGGCCAACUGA